AUGCCCCUGCACCCAGCGGGCAUCAUUCCCGGUCCGGGCGGUGAUCUGAACGGUCACAUGAAUAGCAGCAAUAUCUCACCGAGCGGCGGCGCCGGAGCGCCGACGCACCUCUCCUCACAACUUUCAGGCCUUCACCUCGAUCAUCACACCUCGCUGGCGGGCGCCCAAGGUUUGCCGCCGCAGUUGCCUCCGCCACCGCCGCCACCUCACUCGGGUCAAAGUCCUCUGCCCAAUGGAGGUCCUGGAGGUGGUGGUGGUGGAAGAGACGGCAGAGAAGGUAAUGGAGGUAACAAUGGCCACCACGGUCGUGAGGGCUCUCACAAGGGCCCCGGUGGCCACCAUCGGUCGCACCGGUCACUGAGUGGCAGCUCCCGGAACGCCGACCACAAGCCAACUCGCGUGAGGACGGUGCUCAAUGAGAAGCAGCUGCAGACGUUGCGCAACUGCUACAACGCCAAUCCAAGGCCUGAUGCGCUGAUGAAGGAGCAACUGGUGGAGAUUACCGGCCUCUCGCCCAGAGUCAUUCGAGUGUGGUUUCAGAACAAGCGUUGUAAAGACAAGAAGCGCAGCAUCCUCAUCAAGCAGAUGCAGCAGCAGGAGAAGGACGGCCGUCAGCUGAACAUUGGUCAGAUGCGUGGUGUGCCGAUGAUCACCUCCUCGCCGGUGCGGCACGACAGUCCCGACCAGAUGAUGCCCAUGGACGUGCACAGCUACCAGCCGCCCUGGAAGGCGCUGGCCGACUACGCCGCCAUGCACCAGCAGUCAGAGCUGGAUCCCAAUGCGCCUCAGUUUCAGCAUCUCGUCUCACAGAUGCACGGCUAUGACGGCGUCGGUGGCCUUGGAACGCCUGGCAAUGAGACCAGCCUCUCCUCGCUCGGUCAUGGUGGCCCUCCCACCGGGCCCUGUACGCCCAUGUCCUACCUAG